AUGCAUAAACUCUCUAAAACGGAUGCAGACGAAACUGCCGGAAGGAAGCGCAGGGGAAACUGCCACUUGUUUGAAGGAAACGCAUAUGGAACUGCCGCUGGUCUUAAGGAAGCGCAGACAGAACUGCCACUCUUUCCUAUAUUCCAACCGCAAAAUCAAAAUUCACAAACACCUCAUUUUCCAUUUUCAUCCAUAUUUAACCCCUCUAUCGAAAAUGUUACUCCAACUUUCUUGCCGUUUCUAACUCAAUUCAGUGCAUCAAGACAUAACUCAUCUGGUGUUGGUGGCUCUUCUAACCCAUCUUCUCAGACUCCUAUACAAUCUAGUCCAAAUUCGCAAUAUUCCGAUUUUACCAACCCUCGUGGAUUAGAUGCUAUCGACCUCAAUGAUGAUGAUAUUGAAGAUCGGAGGCAAGAUAGUAUUCAACACUGGCAUUGGAAAGAGGAUGAGAUGUUGAUCAGUGCGUGGUUAAAUGUUUCAACUGACCCUGUAGUUGCUAGUCGAAACAUAAGGAGUGGUUCGAACGCUGAUGAUAUAAAGGAGUUAUCUUAUAAACUUUAUUCCACAAAUUAUGGUAAAAAAUUCACUUUUGAGAGGUAUUGGAACAUGCUUCGGUUGGAGCAAAAAUGGAGAAACCAACUACCUACACAAAGUGGCGGCUCAAAGAGAACCAAAGUUAGUGCAACUGGAGCAUACUCAUCCUCAUCAAACCCAGAAACACCGUUGGCUGACGAACCCGGUGUGGACUCUCCCGUUCGCCCACAGGGAUCAAAGAAGAGCAAGCGAAGAGGUAAGGGAAAAGCACAGAUGUCUGAAGAUUUUAGCGAAAGAAAAUCAUCGGUUGUCAAAAAAUUAUCUCUCAUGGAAGAUAUUAAGAAUGUUAGAGAAAAGGAACUAAUGGAAAGGGAAAAAGAAAGAGAAGAGGAGAAGGAACAUAGAGCAAAGAUGAUGGCAAUCAAAGAGAAGGAGAUACAAAUUCAAGCGGCAAUGAAAGAACAGGAAUUACAAACUCAGAGGUAUAUUAAAGAAAUGGAGAUAAAAGCAAAAGAAAGGGAAAUGGAUAUGCAAAUACUUAAUGCUGACACGUCUACAAUGAGUGAGAAACGACGAGCUCUUCAUGAGAUUGCAUAG